GGAUGGAGAGCCCGGAGCCGCUCCAGGCUCUUCGGCUGCCGCCGCCUCUGAGAACGUCGCUGCCCCAGGACCGGCCUCGGCCACUGCCCCCACGGGAGCCCAGCGCACAGUCUCGCAUGGUGGCAGCGACUCCUCCUCCUCCUCUUCUUCUUCUUCCUCGUCCUUCGCCUUAGGCCCGACAGCGGUCACCACAGUUCCUAGCUCCGUAGCCACUUCCACCGCCGCCAUCUUCCCGGAAACGCCGCCCGCACGUCAAUGGCGCCCCCUUGCUGCCAUGGCAACGGGCUUUGGCAGGGAAGCCUGGACGAGUGGUGGGCGGGUCUUGCAUUCCUCCAAUCUCGGGAGGGCCCGCCCCCUCGGGACUUCUUUAAAGCAUUUUGUGAAUUAGACACUUUGCGUUGGAGGAACAAGUGAAUGAAACCGAGAACAAGUAACGUCCUACCUAUAGGGGCUAGAGUAGCCCUUUCCCUGGAUAGGGAGUAGAUAUUGUAUUCCUGAUCUGUUUAUUUCUGGAGACCCCGAGAUGUUAAAAAUGCUCCCAGUGUCCUUCUGGAGUCCAAAUCACUUUUGCUGUCAAGCCGCCUUUCCCUCCCUCGCAACCCUUCCUCCUACCAUAUAAGGAGAGGCAGCUGCUAGGAGCCUCCUAGGAUCUAAAGAUAGAGGCCUGUGCUUGGGACUCCAAAAGCCACGGGGCAGCUGGAGUCACCAUGGAACGGCAGCCUGCCAGGACUCUGUGGUACGACAGACCCAAAUAUGUUUUCAUGGAGUUUUGCGUUGAGGACAGCACCGAUGUCAGUGUGCUCAUUGAGGACCACCGCGUCGUGUUCAGCUGCAGGAAUGGUGAUGGAGUGGAGCUGUAUAACGAGAUUGAGUUCUAUGCCAAGGUGAACUCCAAGGACUCCCAGGAUAAGCGUUCUGGUCGCUCCAUUACUUGCUUCGUGAGGAAAUGGAAGGAGAAGGUGGCCUGGCCUCGGCUCACAAAGGAGGAUAUAAAGCCUGUGUGGCUCUCUGUGGACUUCGAUAACUGGAGAGACUGGGAAGGAGACGAUGAGGUGGAGCUGGCUCAGGUGGAACAUUAUGCAGAGCUUCUGAACAAGGUCAGCACUAAGAGGCCUCCCCCUGCCAUGGAUGAUCUGGACGAUGAUUCUGACAGCUAACUAGCUUUCUGUGAUGGUGGAGCCAGGGAGGAGGCAGUAGCUACCUUCUGUCAUGCUGAAAAGCUGGGAUGCUGCCUUCUUCAAUUACUUUGUUUGCAUCAAGAUCCACAGAGACCUCUGAACUCUUCCAGAAGCUCUUUCUGAAGGGUGCCUCUCCAUGUGUUAGGUCUUCCUCCUGGGCACCUGCCUGAGCAUGCUCCUGCAUCAGGUGGGGUGGGACGCUGACUGCUGGGGCUGACUUCCCACUGACGUGACUUAGAAUCUGUGCUUGGGAUGCUUGGGUGUUGGGACAUGUGUUCAAAUGUGGUAAAGCAAAGGCCAAAGAAGAAAGAGAUUAUAAUAAAUUCUAGGAAUGA